AUGGCAUUCCAAUACAUUGCUGUUCUUGCCUUGAUCUCGAGCGCUGCUGCUGCCGCCAUCCCAGCAUACCACGAUAACCACUAUUCCAGCCAUGGAUCUUCUUCCCUCGGAAGCCACUCAUCUCAUGGACUUUCAUCUCAUGGACUUUCAUCCCAUGGACUCUCAUCCCAUGGAUUGAGCCACGGAUCAGGAUUAGCUCAUAAAUUAUCCAUAGCACGUCCCACCCACUAUGACUACCAUCAUGAUGAAGAGCAUUAUGCCCCAGCUCACUACGAAUUCGCCUAUGAAGUGCAUGAUGAUCAUACCGGAGACAUCAAGAGCCAAAAGGAAACCCGUGAUGGCGACAAAGUCCAAGGAUUCUACACUCUCGUUGAACCUGACGGUCACAGACGCACUGUUCACUACACCGCCGACAAACACAGUGGAUUCGUUGCUGAAGUCAAACGUGAAUUCGUAGGACACCAACACGGUCACGACAACUACAACAACUACAACAACAACAACAAGUACCACGGAAACCAUCAUCAUGACACUCAAAUCCAUUCUGCCCACCCUCGUAUCCUCGUUGCUGCUUCCCCAAAAGUCCAAUACACAGCUUCACAUGAUCAUUCCGCCACUGGAAACAGCCAUGGUUUGAGCCACGGACACUACAACAACUACCAUCAUUAA